GUUGAAAAGUUCCAUGUGCCUGUUAUUUCACCAGUACACCUUACCCUUCAAACUCGAAACGCUCACAUUUCAGCUUUGCGGUAGAAAUAAUUAAAGUAGUAGUACUUCAUUGGACGAACACUUUCACAAGUACUGAGUAAUCAUGCAGCACCUACUUCUCCUGUUGACAUUAGCUCUAACAGCAAAUGCUGUAACCGAUACAAAUUAUAGGCUGAAUACGCCAAUUGUACCAGCAUCAUACGCUCUUACAAUUACUCCAUAUUUCAAUACUGGUAACAGUUAUGCUUUCACCUUCGACGGAGAAGUCUCUAUAAAAUUUACCACAAGCACCGUUACUAAUCAGAUCAAGUUACACUCCGAAGAUUUGACUUAUACAGCUUCAAAUAUCACAAUCACAGGUGGUAUAACAAACAUACAGCUAAAUGCAACAGAUCCCCUUUCAUUUGAUACGCAAUACACCUUCGCGUUAAUCAACUUGCAAACAAGUUUGCAACCUGGCACAGAAUAUACUCUGAACAUUACAUAUCGUGGACCAAUCAGAGAUGAUCUCAACGGUUUCUACAGGAACUACUACAUCGCCGAGAAUGGCGACAAAAAAUGGCUGGGUGCGACGCAAAUGCAGCCAACUCACGCAAGGAAAGUGUUCCCAUGCUUCGACGAGCCUGGAUUAAAGGCUCGCUUCACACUUACUAUUGACCGCCCUGAAAAUUAUAAAGCAUCGCUUGCCAAUACCCAGUUGGAAUCCACGACGAAUUUAAGCAACGGUUACAAGAGAGAUCAAUUCUACGAAACUCCUACCAUGUCUACGUACUUGGUUGCGUUCCUAGUAUCCGAAUUCGAAGUUGGUGGUCAUAACACCAAUGGUACCAAAGAAUUUGGUGUCUGGUCUAGGCCUGAAGCUAUAAACCAGACUCAUUAUGCCUACGAUUUUGGUUUCAAAGUUGUAAAUGAGCUGAGUAACUAUUUCGGAAUUGACUACUACUCGACUAACGAACAUUUAAAACUAGAUCAUAUUGCUUUGCCCGAUUUCCGAGCAGGGGCUAUGGAGAAUUGGGGUUUGAUUAAAUACAGAGAGGCGUCGCUACUGUACGACCCAGAAGAAUCGACUCCUUAUUACAAAUAUCGAGCAGCGCAAAUCAUAGCUCACGAAACAACGCAUAUGUGGUUUGGUAACUUAGUGACAUGUUUUUGGUGGAGUAACGCUUGGCUGAAUGAGGGCUUCGCUAACUACUUCCAGGACUAUAUUACAGCUGUCGUUGAACCCGACGUGGGUUCAGCAGAUAUUCUCGUCACAGGUUCCGUAUAUUCUGCAUACGAAGCCGAUGAUAAUGGAAAAGCUGCACCAAUCAACAACGUCGAUGUUAAUUCCCCCGCCGAAAUAAGUGGCCACUUUGGCACUAUAACUUACCAGAAAGCAGGCAGUGUUAUCAGAAUGAUGCAUCAUUUGCUUGGAGAUGAUGGAUUUAAAAUUGGACUACAAACCUAUUUAGAUACAAGAAAAUUCUCUUCUGGAUAUCCAGAUGACAUGUACACUGCGCUGGAACAGGGUGUAAAUAAAACUAAUGCUUUAGUGGAAUAUCCUAAAUUCACCAUUACUGAAAUCAUGAAGUCAUGGAUUGAGCAAUCAGGUCACCCUCUCCUGCAUGUGAGCGUAGAUUACAAUAAUGGAAAUGUUACAUUAACACAGGAACGGUUCUACACUAAUCCUGCGAAUAGCUCUAAUGAAACGUAUAAAAUUCCUAUAACAUAUACAACAGGGCUAUCACCAAAUUUUACUAUCACCAAACCGGAUUUAGUAAUGGCAGAUAAGACUUAUUCCUUUGUUAUUCCAGACUUGAAACAUAAUUGGGUGAUUUUUAAUAUUCAAGAAUCAGGUCUGUAUCGGGUAAAUUAUGAUGAUAUGACAUGGACUCACAUCAUCAGCGCUUUAAAUGGAGAAGACCGUAACAAAAUUGCGCCACUCAACCGUGCCAAGAUAAUUAAUGAUCUCUUCGCACUGUUUUUCGCUGAUAAAGUUAAAUUUAAACUCGUGAACGAUGCUCUAAAUUCUAUGAAGGAUGAGACUGACUAUUCUGUAUGGUUGGCGGCCAUUCGAGGACUCAACAAACUUCGUAACAGAUUCAUUGGCACCAGCACUGUGAACAGUAUUGAUUCUAAAAUCAAAACCUUGCUAGAUUUAGGCAUUAACCAAGUAGGCUACGAAGUAAAGGCGAGUGAGAGUACAGUCCAACUCAGAAAUCGAAUGCAAAUACUUGAAUUUGCCUGCAAAGUUGGUCAUAGCGGCUGUGUGGAGAAGAUGACCGAAGUUUUCAACAAUUUUAGAAAUAAUAGCAACAAAAUCACACCAAGUCUGCGGCCAGUAGCAUAUUGUCAAGGUCUAAAGAGCGGUAAUGGUGAGGACUAUGAUUUCUUAUGGAAACGUAUGGCGACCACUAACGUCGCUAAUGAAGCACGUAUCAUUAGUGAUGCUCUUAGCUGUACUACUAAUGAAGACAAAUUGAAGCAAUUCCUAGUGUCAAUGAAUGACACAGAAAGUCCGAUUAGGACUCAAGAUCGCGAUGUUCCACUCAGCGGUGUUCUCAGUCAUUUUGAGAACGUAGAAUUGGUUCUUGAGGAACUAAAGGACAAUUUUGACAGUUGGAGUUUAAUGUAUCCAUCUAUGAACUCACCGCUCACCACAAUUGCAUCUGCUUUACGUACUGAAGCUCAAUUGACUGAAUUCGAGAAAUGGCUGUCGUCUUGUAAUAAGUGCUCAGCAGACGCUUUAAGUGCGGCGCGUGAGGGCCUAUCAGGGUCUCGUAACGUUGUGUCCUGGGCAUCCGAUCACACUGACGAUGUUGAAUCUACUUUGAAAAAUAACGUCGCAUUGAUAGCGCCGUCAAUUAACUUACUUGCGCUUGCUUUCAUUGUUGUAACUUUCUUCAAGUAUUAGUUCACUUACACCCUCAACGAUGUGUUCAAUAAAUGCACCUCGUUGGUAUUGCCAUCAACUUCUUGCUGGAGUCAUUUCUUUUUUAUUAAUAACCUCGUUUUUAGAUUAUUUCAUCAAUAAAUGUGUUUUAUUUGUUUAGACAUGGAGAAAAGCGCUUCUUGAUUUUAUAAAAAAUGAUUGACAUUGUAAAUGUAAUUUUAUUUAUUACCUAUUGAGUUAUUGAAAUCAUUUUACUUAUUCUAUUUAUGUUAUGGUCACACGAGCUGAAUUUCCAUAGACAGCAAUUUCAAUAAACUCGGUAGGAUUGUAUCGCGACUGCACUCUAAUUUUAAGGUUAAAAUUCUACUCUAUGCAACUUACAAAUCGACUCAUCCGAAGAACAAAGUCCGAUGUGAUUAUAUAGCGAAAAGAGAAUAAGUACGUUGCGAGAAUAAUUUCGUUAUUCAAACUAAAGCGUAUGUAAAGGUGUUUGGAGAAUUCACAUAUUUUAUUUCGUUUCGGAAAUAUAGAAUCGAACAACGGUCGAUCUGACAUCCACAGCGAAAAAGAACGAACGAAAUGUACUAUAUCCUGAGAACGACUCUAUACUAAUAAUCUCGCACAUAGAUCUUUGUUCUACGGAUGAGUCGAAAUGGUUUAUAGUCCAAAGUGUAAGUUCGACGUGCCGUUGAGCCUGUAUUUGUAGUCAAUGGUUGUUAUGCAGUUGCAAUGUAGUUUUCGUGCUGUCGUAUUGACUAUCCAAACCAAUUUCUAAUCACAGAAAUACAGAUACAAAAUAUUUGCGGUGCAGCAGUAAUGCAGCUUGUAUGACUAUGCACUUAGCUUGUAACGUAGGUGUUAUUAUUAUUUAGUUUUGAAUAAUAAAUUAUUGUAUAUAUGUUAUU